UAUUUGUUUCCCUUUGCUGGAUAGCGAUAGCUUUCCCAGGGAAAGUUUUAGCUAAGUAAAAGCAGGUUUUGAAACAUAUAAUUAUCGUUUCAAGACACCGAACACAUCGGGUCACUAUUGCCACCUACUGGUUUGUGACGUCACGGUGCAGUAUCGGCUGUUGAACAAGUCCCUGGCUGCGUCCGAAUUUGUGGGCUCCGUCUUCCAAGGACGCAGUUCACCUGGACUGGAUCCUUCGAAGUCCAUGAGGAGAACAGAAGAGGUUUUGGCUGUGAAUUCAAACAGCUGAAUGGCCUGUCCUCUGCCGCCCAUCCUGUCGGAUCUCACCUCCUUCAUUUCCUCUGUGAUUCCCCAUGGCUUCGCCUUGGGCCCUUCACUGCUCUGUGAAGGUAGCGUGGGGCUCUGGUGGGUCGGUCGCGCCCUGCAGGCAGGAGCCCUGCUAGGUAGGCGGGAUGACACGCAGUGGGUCGCCAAGAGAGUUCCAGGCCCAGAAAACCACAUCCAGGGCAGCGAACCCACUGGAAGCAAUCAAGCAACAAGAGUUGGUUUUAGCAGCUCUGGGGAUAAGAAGGAACAAAUGAGAACAUCAGCAACUCCAGAGGCACCUGUACAAGGAGCCAUAUGGUUCAAAUUUGCCUGCCGGGCGCGAUGCAGAGCCCAGCAGAAUGUGGUGGUGCAGUGUGCGUGUGACAAGGUGUGUGAGGGAGUGUGUGUGGAUGUGUGUCUGCGUGUUUGUCAGGACAUCCAUCCAGGAACGGAGCUGGUGGUAUAUGAUGAUGCAGCAGGAAAAGGUUUGAGAUCAGGCGAUGCGGGUGAGAAUGUGAAGCAGUCCAAAGAGUCAGAGACUAAAGUUACCAACAAAGCAAAGAUUCUGGAAGAGGAAAAUCUUAAAGAGAUGAAUGAAUCUCUGCAGCAUGAGAAAGACCAUCACAAACAAACUAAUACUGUCGUCAAACAGAGGCGUUCAUCCACACAGGGGAGGAAGAGGAAAAUGAAAACCAUCCAAAAUGAACAGAGCUUAGACUCUGACAAAAAGCAGGAAAGGUUAACUGACUCAGUUGCUAUGGAACCAGAGCUCCCUGUCCCUCCUCCUGUACGCACCAGCUCUCGUCUGGCUGCUAAACCGCGGCUGUUCCACAGAUUGUCCAUACGAUCUGGGUGCCCCAUUGAGCGAUCCGACUCCUCCAAAGAGACGGAGGUACAGAGCAAGGACUCCUACACCUCAUCACCUACGGAAACUGAGUCAUCUGCUGUAGCUUCUCCUGCCAAGGAGGCCCUCAGGAGGAAAUCAGAGAACCGAGAGAGGCGGUACAGGUGCUCUAGCUGUGGUAAAAGCUUCUACCAGCUCGGUCACUUGAAGAAACAUCAGUUCAGCCACACAGAAGAGAAACCCUUCAAAUGUCCAGACUGUGGGAAAAGCUACACCUCAUCAGAAAGCUUCAGAGCCCAUCAGUUGAGUCACCGAGGUGAGCGUCCAUUUUCCUGUCCUCACUGUGAGAAGACAUAUGGCCUGAAGCGGGACCUGAAGGAGCACCUGGUCCUGCACACCGGAGAGAAACCCUACACCUGCCAGCACUGUGGCAAAUCAUUUGCGCGCCGCCCUUCCUUGCGUGUCCACUGCCUGCUUCACUGUAGCAGGAAGGUCCACAUGCAGUCCCCAAAGGUGCAGUGCACAGUCUGCUCCAAGCAGCUGGCUAACCUUAACUCCCUGAGGAACCACAUGAAGCUCCACUCUGGGGAAAAGCCUCACAUCUGUCAGAACUGUGGGAAGCGCUUCAGUCAGAAAGGGAACCUGGAGAGCCACCUGAGAGUUCACAGUGGAGAGCGGCCCUUUGCCUGCCCAGAGUGCCUCCAGACCUUCACUCAGAAGUCAGACCUCCAGCGGCACAUGUUCUCACACACCGAAAGGGGAUUUCUUUGUAGCUUUUGUGGGAGAUCUCUGAGGGACCCUCAUAGUCUGAGAUACCAUGAGAGGCUGCACACAGGAGAGAGACCUCAUUGCUGCUUAAUAUGUGGGAAAGGCUAUACGAUGGCCACCAAGCUGAGGAGACACAUGAGGUCUUCCCACCUGAAAGAGAAGCCGUACAGCUGCUCCUGCGGUGCUGCAUACACCUUGAAACAGAGUCUUCUGAGGCACCAGGCUCAACACCAGUCAGAGGAGGGGGCACAGAGAGAGGUGGAAAACACUGAAGCAAACGGCAACAAUGAGAAAGCUGCUCAGGAAUCAAUAGCCUCAGUCUGCAGCCACCGGAAACCAAUCCGAGGCAGGCCGAAGAAGACUGCCCAUCCUCCGGAGACAGGAGAAAAGGAUAAAGGGGAGGAGAAACAGACAACAGAAAAACCAAGAGAAAAAGGAAAGGAUGAGAAGUUAAAAACUUUGGAAGCAUCAACCGUAGAAGUUGCAGCCGAUGUCCAACCCUCUGUCGUUUAUGUCCACACAGAAGACCUCUCUGGAGUGACCUCCAGGCCUCUGCUUCUGUCCACAGAUGGCUCUAUGCCUGUAGGGAUGGAAUCUGAGCUGGUGGAGGUGGUAAUAUCUGACUGUGCAGAGCAGUGCAUUGUGGUCCAGGGGCAGCAGAGGUUGGGAGAUCUGCUAUUCCUGCAAGAGGAAGCAGAUGGACUCUGCACUGUGGCCCAGACUGUAGAGAUAAACACGGCAUAACCUAAACCCACAGCUGGAGGACACCGAUGAUCGAUGUGGCUCAAUUAGAUGAUGGCUAAAUGAGACCCACCUUCCUUCGGCCUGCCUUAUCCACAUUUAACCCAGUUAAUAUGGGAAAAUUGUCUUUGAGCCACCUUUGUAGAACAGAUGUGAAUGAAUUAAAGAUCAUUAAGGGCUGAUUAGACCAAAAAACUACUAAUAAUUAGAGUAGGAACAGUCAUACCAACAGUCCUGAUACUUUUUAUUUUAUUUAUAGUUUUGCUUUUGAUGUUUUCAUUGGCUUAAAUAUGAUCUGAGAGUCAUUUUUGUAUAUGGAAUGUAUUAGAUCAGUACAUCCAGAAGAGUGUAGGACCUUAUAAAAUAAACCAUUAACAGUUGAGCCAGGUUAGGUGAGAAAACAGCAGAACUGGAGCAGCAAGAGAGAUAGAUUAGUCGCCAGUUCCCUUUGUACAAGGUUAGGCUGGAAUAAGAUUUGGUUUUUAAUCGACUCA